AAAUUGCUCGUGAAGCAGGAGAGGGUACAGUGAGAGAGGUACAACAGUAGCACUGCUCGUGGAAGGGGAGUGAAGGGUGGCUUUGUUUGUUUUUUUUACAUGAACACAAUUCACUUCUAUAAGAGAUGUGGGCAGAAAUAGGGAAGAUAAUGCUGUUACAUUUGUUACUAAUGGAGCUACAUUCUUCAAAAGGGACACAAACGGAUUGUGAGAAUGGUCAGUUUCAAUGCAAAAACGGACGAUGUAUACCGUCCAUCUGGAGGUGUGACGAUGAUGAUGACUGCUCUGACAACAGUGACGAAGAAAACUGUCCAAAGAAGACGUGUGCCACGACGGACUUUGCCUGUAAGAACGGGCAGUGUGUGCCGGCUCGGUGGCGGUGUGACGGGGAGCCGGAGUGUCCUGACGGCUCAGAUGAAGCGGACUCCACCUGCAGUCGGCAGACGUGCCCGCCCGAGAAGUUUGACUGCGGGGGCCACGCCAGUAAGUGUGUCUCGUUGUCAUGGCGAUGCGACGGCGAGAGGGACUGCGAGAACGGCGCGGACGAGGAGCAGUGUGCGGCAGACGGCAAGGCCUGCUCGGGCGGCGAGUUCCAGUGCCGCAACCGCAAGUGCAUCGCCCCCGUCUUCCUGUGCGACGGCGACGACGACUGCGGCGACGGCAGCGACGAGGAGAAGUGCCCGGCGCCCGCCUGCGGGCAGCACGAGUUCCGCUGCAACAACUCGGAGUGCAUCCCCCGCCCGUGGAGCUGCGACGGCGACGCCGACUGCGCCGACCGCUCGGACGAGACCGUGGAGCGCUGCGGCCGGCGCACCGAGCCGCAGAAGCCCGCCUGCCCCGGCGCCGAGUUCCAGUGCGGCAGCGGGGAGUGCGUCCACCUCAACUGGAGGUGCGACGGGGACGCCGACUGCAAGGACAAGUCCGACGAGGCCGGCUGCCCCCAGGUCACCUGCCGUCCGGAUGAGUUCCAGUGCGGCGAUGGCUCCUGUAUCCAUGGCACCAAGCAGUGCAACAAGGUGCACGACUGCCCGGACUACAGCGACGAGGCUGGGUGUGUUAAUGCCACCAAGUGCGAAGGCCCACUGAAGUUCAUGUGUAAAAACGGCGAGUGCAUCGACAGCAGCAGGGUCUGUGACUCCCACAAAGACUGCAAGGACUGGUCCGACGAGCCCAUGAAGGAGUGCAGCCUGAACGAAUGCGCAGACAACAAUGGCGGCUGCUCCCACGUAUGCGUUGACAAGCGGAUUGGCUAUGAAUGCGAGUGCCCCUCCGGGUACAGGCUGCUGGACAGGAAGACGUGCGGAGACAUAGACGAAUGUGAGAACCCGGAUGCCUGCAGUCAAAUCUGCAUCAACUACAAAGGCGACUACAAGUGCGAGUGUUUCGAGGGCUACGAGAUGGACCCAGUUACCAGGACCUGCAAAGCAGUGGGGAAGAGCCCCUACCUUAUGUUCACCAACCGCCACGAGAUCCGGCGCAUCGACCUGCUCAAGAGGGACUACACCCAGGUGGUGCCCACCCUAAAGAACGCUGUGGCUCUGGAUGUGGACGUCACCACCAACAAGAUGUACUGGUGUGACCUCUACCAUCGUAAAAUCUACAGCGCGUACAUCAACAAAGCCAGUGACUCCUCACAGCAGGUCACCCUGAUAGACUCCGCCCUGCAGUCCCCUGAGGGCCUGGCCAUGGACUGGGUCCAUAAGAACCUGUACUGGACCGACUCCGGAGAUAAGACCAUUUCUGUUGCCACCGGAGACGGAAAGAAGAGGAGGGUCCUGAUCGACACCAAUCUGAACGAGCCUCGGGCCAUCGCCGUUGACCCCAAGCAAGGGUUUAUGUACUGGUCCGACUGGGGAACCCGCGCCAAGAUCGAGAAGGCGGGCAUGAACGGCGUGGACCGGCAGGUUCUGGUGUCGGAGAGCAUCGAGUGGCCCAACGGGAUUAGCCUGGACUUAUCCAACAGACGGCUCUACUGGGUGGACUCCAAGCUGCACCUUAUAUCCAGCGUGGACCUCAACGGGGCCAACAGGAAGGUGCUCCUCUCCUCGUCCGACCAGCUGGGGCACCCCUUCGCCCUGACGGUGUUCGAGGACCGGGUUUACUGGACCGACCUGGAGAACGAGGCCAUCUACAGCGCCAACCGUCUGACGGGGCACGACGUGGCCACCCUGGCCGAGGACCUGAACAACCCGCUGGACGUGGUGGUGUUCCACGAGCUCCGGCAGCCCAAAGCUCCGAACAGCUGUAACGUGGGGAACGUGCCGAACGGGGGCUGCGAGUACCUGUGCCUGAAAGCGCCGCAGAUCACCGAGCACUCGCCCAAGUACACCUGCGCCUGCCCCGACGGCAUGGAGCUGGGCCCCGACAUGCGCCGCUGCGUGACAGCUCCGCCACCUGUUAAACCUAAAAUGACGACAGCACAGCCCACAACUACCACCACCACUCCUUCAACAACAACGACUACAACAACCACAACGACAACAACAACUACUACUACCUCCACUAGUCCUACCACUACAACUACUAUCACUACCACCCCACCAGCCACUAUCACUGCCACCACCACCACACAAUCUACAACUAUGUCAACAAGGUCCACCCCCCCUGCUCCCCCCAGCACUGCAUCCAGACAGACGCCACCUUCAACGACCCUGCCCCCCGUGCAGGGGCCUCUCCCCACCAUCCAGACUAACAGCAUUGUGAGGGAGAACAGCAACCUGUCCCAUCGCUCUGGAAGCGAACGCUACCUUCUGGGGAACCACAUAACGGUAGCAGUACUGGGAAUCGUCAUCCCCAUAGUUCCUAUCAUUGCUACAGUGCUCAUCGGCCUGCUCUGCACCGGCGGCUACCUGGUCUGGCGCAACUGGCGGCGGAAGAACACCAAGAGCAUGAACUUCGACAACCCCGUGUACCGCAAGACCACCGAGGAGGAGGACGACGAGAUCCACAUCGGGCGGGCGGAGCACAUCGGCCACGUGUACCCUGCACGCGUGGCGCUCAGUAUGGAGGACGACGGAUUCCCCUGAGGAGCGCGUUGUGGUCCCGACCCCUCCUUCCUGCUGUCAGGGGAGACCGGCUGAGAGAGCUGGGGGAUGCAUGCUCACUCGUAGAGACCCCAUGAGGUGGGGGGGGGGGCGGGGGAGGUGUGCUCCACCCUGCUUAGGUUAAACAGCGGUCCACCACCUCCUUUAUAAACAAGCUGUUUUUACUUACCGUACUACCACCGCCUCUACUACUGUACUACCAACACGACUACUACUCCCGCUCCUACUCCCCGCUAGCAGUAGCCGAGAAAGCUGCUUAAUGGUGACUAACCUCAUUGCUCAUCAGUGCACAUGUACAUAGAGCCUGAAUUCCUCAAGUACCUUGCGAGGGAUAUCGGCUGUGUUUGUUAUUUGUUUUUGCUUAUUU